AUGCGCAAGUUCCCCAUCGGGCCGCGCAUGGGCGAGCUGGCCGUGUGGAGGAACGUGUUUCUGGUGGUGCGUGCACCGGAGGAGGGGCAGUAUGGGUUCAUGCUGUGUGGAAUAUGGGAGCGGAGGGGCAAGAAGCACAACCAGGUGUGGAAUAUGGGAGCGGAGGGGCAAGAAGCACAACCAGGUGUGGAAUAUGGGAGCGGAGGGGCAAGAAGCACAACCAGGUGUGGAAUAUGGGAGCGGAGGGGCAAGAAGCACAACCAGGUGUGGAAUAUGGGAGCGGAGGGGCAAGAAGCACAACCAGGUGUGGAAUAUGGGAGCGGAGGGGCAAGAAGCACAACCAGGUGUGGAAUAUGGGAGCGGAGGGGCAAGAAGCACAACCAGGUGUGGAAUAUGGGAGCGGAGGGGCAAGAAGCACAACCAGGUGUGGAAUAUGGGAGCGGAGGGGCAAGAAGCACAACCAGGUGUGGAAUAUGGGAGCGGAGGGGCAAGAAGCACAACCAGGUGUGGAAUAUGGGAGCGGAGGGGCAAGAAGCACAACCAGGUGUGGAAUAUGGGAGCGGAGGGGCAAGAAGCACAACCAGGUGUGGAAUAUGGGAGCGGAGGGGCAAGAAGCACAACCAGGUGUGGAAUAUGGGAGCGGAGGGGCAAGAAGCACAACCAGGUGCAGGUGCAUGGUUUGGAGGGACAUCACGAGUGCGUGUGUGGGUGCAAUGGGGCGUAGUGUUGACGUGCCCAUACCUGCACCUGUGUUCUAUCCGUGCUUAUGUCCCCAUCCCCUUCCCCACGCCAGGACAACGUCGCCUUCGACCCGAGUCCCUCUUUCCCAAUGAUGCAUCCACCCGCCUCACAAACCAGGACAACAUUACAUUCGACCCUGAGUUUCUCUUCCCUAAUGACGCAUUCACCUGCCUCAAAGUUACUCUCACGCACUCAAGCAUGCAUGCACCUUGCACCUGUGACCCUGCACCUGCAUUCUAUCCGUGCGCAUGUCCCCAUCCCCUUUCCCAUCCCCAGAACCAGGACAACAUCACAUUCGACCCUGACUUCCUCUUCCCCAACGACGCAUUCACCCGCCUCGCACACGCCAUGGCUGAUGCCAUGGGCGGCCCACACCGCUUUGACUACAUACACGUGCGGCGGGGGGACAAGCUGGACGCUAGGCGCUGGCCGCACCUGGAUCGAGACACCCGGCCCGAAGCUCUCCUGCAGAAGCUCCCAUCGCUCGUCCCGCCAAACACCACUCUCUACAUUGCAACCAACGAGCCACACCCCCACUUCUUUGACCCUCUUAAGGCUGCAUACAGCGUGUACAUUCAAGACGAUUUUGAAUCUCUCUGGGCCAAAGGGUCGGCGUGGGAAGCCGAGAUGAGGGAGGUUGCGGCUUCGGUGGGUGUGGCGGUGGGGGAGAGGGUGGAGUUUGGCAGUGAGAUGCAGGACGGUGAGAUGCGGUGGAGAGUGGUGACAUGCGGUGGAGAGGGGUUGUUGGGGGAGUUUGGCAGUGAGAUGCAGGUGCUGGCGGAUUAUGCGAUCCAGAAGGUUGCGAGGAGGGCGGUGGAGACGUUUAACGACCUGACUGAUGAUCCCAAGGACGGUGAGAUGCGGUGGGGAGCGGUGGGAAGGAGGAGGGGAGGUGGUGGGAAGGUGGAGCGGAAGUGGUGGGGAAGUGUUGGGGAGUGUUGGGGAGGUGGUGGGAAGGUGGUGUGUGUGUGA